CUACGUCCAUGGACGCGAAAUUGUUUAUUGCGACUGUUGCAAACAUGGCGGCUUUGAAAAAUUAUCUCGAAACCGGUUAAAUUCGGCAAUCUCGAGUGAAAAUAAGACGAGACACUGAGUAGUAACGUUAUGGACGGUCCCAUAGUAACCAUUAGCGAUGGUAAAGUUAGGGGUGUGGCGGGAAAAAAUAUCUGCGGUGGCACCAUUUACAAGUUCCUGGGAAUACCAUACGCCAAGCCACCGAUAGGAGACCUCAGAUUUAAGGGACCUCAACCGGUGGAACCAUGGGACGGUGUCAAAGAUGCCACCAGGGAUGGCGACGCCUCUCUGAGUCGAGAUAUCUUCCAUUCCGUCGAGAUAAAAGUGGACGGAAGCGAAAACUGCCUGGUGCUGAACGUCUUCACGAAAGAAAUCGAGCCUACGGACAAGCCCAAACCCGUCAUGGUUUAUAUACACGGAGGCGGAUUUGUCUGCGGCAGUAAUAAUACUUCAGUUUACGGACCAGAAUUCUUGUUGACGAGGGACGUCGUCUUGGUAGUGAUCAACUACCGUUUAGGGAUAUUUGGGUUUCUGAGCUCCGACGAUCCGACAUUGGACGUACCAGGAAACGCGGGCCUCAAAGAUCAGAACUUGGCUCUAAAAUGGGUUCAGAAGAAUAUCAAAAGUUUCAACGGGGACCCAGGCAAUGUCACCAUCUUUGGGGAAAGCGCGGGCGGAGCGUCAGUUCAUUUCCACGUGUUGUCGUCGGCAUCAAGGGGAUUGUUUCACAAGGCGAUAUUGAUGAGCGGCGCGGCUCUGUGUCCUUGGGCGCUCGGCCUGCCCAACAUCAAAUUAUUUGCCCAGCAUUUGGGAAAACCGGACGCCAGCGACUCGGAAAUCUUGGCGAGCUUGAAGACGAUGCCUGCCGAAAAAUUAUUCGAGCUGGCGGAAAAAGCACCAGACGCGACGGUGACGGGGCAGCGCCCUCUGGUGCCGGUCGUCGAGAAACCGAACCCGACCGCAUUUCUAACGAAACACCCUUUCGAGAUAAUCAAAAGCGGAGAAUACAACAAAGUGCCGAUGAUGAUCGGAUACGUUUCCCACGAAGGUUUACUUUUGGAAUUUAUGAAGAAAUUAUUUGAUUUGCCCCCAUACCAGUAUAGUAUGGGCAUACCCUGGUUCGUUCGGCCAAACGAGGCCCAAGCUAAAAAAAUUGUGGAAAUUAUGUCACGAACUUAUAAAACGCCCGAAGAAGAUCAUUACAUGCUCGCUAUGGACAGCAUAAUGACAUCCGAAAUUAUAGCGAGCGUUAAACAUCACCUGAAAACGUCUAACGAGAACAUUUUCGUUUACCGAAUAUCCGUGGAGACCAAGAGGAAUUUCUUGAAGUAUAUUAAAAAUCUAAUGGACUUACCAGGCACUUCCCAUGCAGACGAGUUGGCAUUUCUUUUCGACAUCCAGGCCGUUCCGAAACUCGAAAGGGACACUCUGGAGAGCUUGACGGUCGAGAGGUUCGUAAACUUGUGGACGAAUUUCGCGACAUAUGGAAACCCUACCCCCGAGACGGCUUCUCGUUUUGAAAAAGUGGACGCUGUUUGGCCCCCCUCGACAAGUGACAAACUCGUAGCCUUAGGUAUCGGCAAAGACCUGGAGUUGCUGGAAACUUUGCCGGAACAGAAACGGCUGCAAGCGUGGAAAGAGAUUUUCCAGCAGGCCCCGCACACCUUCGACUAUUUAGCGCUGUAGUGAUCAAUAAAGUGGACAAUUAUCAUAUCGGUUUGUCUUUUCA